UUGUCCGGAUCAACAGCUGGGUGGAACUCUGGCGAAAGAAAAAGUUGCCCCAGUGACAUUAGCGAUGACAGUUUUGACGAGAGACUGAGUAGUGUUUUUGUUUGUUUUAGGAGACUAUUUUCACCGCUGUGCCAUGGACUUUAACGUUAAACGACUAGCCGCUGACGCCGGCACCUUCCUGAGUCGCGCGGUGCAAUUUACAGAGGAGAAACUGGGCCAGGCCGAGAAGACGGAGCUGGAUGCCCACCUGGAGAACCUGCUGGUGAGAGCUGAGAACACCAAGAUGUGGACGGAGAAGAUAAUGAAGCAGACAGAGGUUGUGCUACAGCCCAAUCCCAACGUGCGGCUGGAAGAGUUCGUGUACGAGAAGCUGGAGAAGAAGGCCCCGACGCGAGUGAACAACCACGACCUGCUGGGCCAGUCCAUGAUCGAGUCGGGGAACGAUUUUGGACCUGGUACCGCCUACGGAAACGCUCUGAUAAAGUGCGGCGAGACGCAGAAGCAGAUCGGCGGCGCGGAGCGCGAGUUCAUCCAGAGCUCCGCCCUCAACUUCCUGACGCCCUUCCGAAACUUCCUGGAGGGCGACUUUAAAACCAUCCUGAAAGAGCGGAAGCUGCUGCAGGUCAAACGUCUGGAUCUGGACGCAGCUAAAACCAGGUUAAAGAAAGCCAGGAUGCCCGACGCCAGAGCUGCAGCCGAGCAGGAGCUGAGGAUGACCCAGAGUGAGUUUGACCGACAGGCAGAGAUCACCCGCCUGCUGCUGGAGGGCGUCGGCAGCACCCACGCGCACCACCUGCGCUGCUUGAACGACUUUGUGGAGGCCCAGACGACGUACUACGCACAGUGUUACCAGUACAUGGUGGACCUCCAGAAGCAGCUCGGCAGUUUCCCCUCGACGUUCUCCAACAACAACCAGUCUUCGGUGUCGGGCGGGGCCAGCGUCUCGGUGCCCACCAUCCCGGUGUCGGCCUCCCUGCCCGGCGUGUCGGCGGGCCGGGCCGCCUCGUCGGGGGGCUUCAACGAGCUGCGCAGCUCCAACGGCAGCCGCAAAGCCCGAGUUCUAUACGACUACGACGCUGCCAGCAGCAGCGAGCUCUCCCUGCUGGCUGACGAGGUGAUCACGGUCAGCUGCAUCCCCGGCAUGGACUCAGACUGGCUGAUGGGGGAGAGAGGGACCCAGAAGGGCAAGGUGCCCAUCACUUACCUGGAGCUGCUCAACUGAACCCCCUCCCUCCUCCGGCCCCGUGCCCCCCAGCUGUCAUCUCGUAUUUAUACUGCAGGGAAACAAGAGUUUCACACGCAGCACAUAGGACCGAAUAAAUUACAGCAAAUGGACCCAACCUCUCAUUUCUUUCCAGUAAAACCUCCUUUUCAUUUAGCAGAACAUUAACUUCUUUCAAAGAGAUUGUUUACAAAAUGCAUCUCAGAUCUUUUUAUCUGUUUUUUUUCCCUGGGAAUUAAAAAAA